AUGGAUCAGCCAGAUCUCAAUGUUGGUGAUGGUCCAAUCGCCUUGGUUGUUGUGCCUACAAGGGAGUUGGCUAUACAGGUCUAUCAAGAAGCGAAACGUUUCUGCAAAGUCUACAAUAUUAACGUGAUUUGUGCUUAUGGAGGAGGAAGCAAGUGGGAGCAGUCGAAUGAACUCAAGAACGAGGGUGCUGAAUUGGUCGUGUGUACUCCGGGACGAAUAAUCGACCUGGUGAAAACUGAUGCAACAAAUUUUUCACGUGUAACUUUCUUGGUAUUUGACGAAGCUGAUCGGAUGUUCGACAUGGGUUUUGAAGCCCAAGUGAAAUCCAUUUCUGACCACAUCCGUCCCGAUCGCCAAUGUCUAAUGUUCAGUGCGACAUUCAAACAUAAGGUAGAGCGUUUAGCAAGAGAUGCUCUGUGUGAUCCAGUACGUAUUGUCCAAGGAGAAGUUGGCGAGGCUAAUGCUGACGUUAUACAAACUGUAGAAGUACUACCACGGCAAGACACCAAGUGGGUAUGGCUUACAGAGAGGCUUGUGAAUUUUGGAACAAUGGGUAAAGUACUGAUCUUUGUUACCAAGAAGAUCAACGCUGAAGACCUUGCAAAGAAGCUCAAGGGUAGGUUUGUCAACGCUCGGGACUUCGAUCUGGUCUUGCUACAUGGAGAUAUGCUGCAGCAUGAACGAAACGAACAUCUUCAAGCGUUUCGUAAGAAAGUUAACAUUAUGGUGGCUACUGAUGUUGCAGCUCGCGGUCUCGAUAUCCCGGAAAUUCGUACUGUUGUGAACUAUGAUCUCGCACGAGACAUCGAUACCCAUGUGCAUAGAGUGGGACGAACGGGACGAGCAGGCCAAAAAGGGUGGGCAUAUACGCUGAUUACCGAUAAAGACAUGGAAAUGGCUGGUCAUCUGGUUCGAAACCUGGAGAGUGUCAACCAGGAGGUUCCCGGAGCCCUUUUCUCCCUUGCUAUGAAAUCUGCCUGGUUCCGUUCGCAGCGUGGUGGUGGAGCUGCAGUUAAACCUCGCGCCCGGCUUGGUCUUGGCUACAAGCCAAAAACUCGACCGGGUCCCGGUGGUGGAGGCGCUCAGCUGGAUCCUCUUAGAGAGCAUAAACCACGUGGCGCAACCAAUCUCACAGUGCGUGAUGCUAUAAGAGCUGCAACCAGUAAUCAAGGGCCCGCAGCUUCCGCUCCAAACGAUAGGCUUCAAGCUAUGAGAAACGCGUUCAAGCAAUCCUUUGCUGCGACUUUCAAGCCAUCCGAGCUUGAGACGUCGAAAAUCAGACCGCAGAUGGUUUCGGACCCGCGUCCAGAAUGGAAGCGUAAAAUUGAUGAAAUUAACGCCAAAAUUAAAGCGGCAAGUCAACAAGAAACGCAGUCUGCCUCGUCAGAGACCACUGAGGAAGGUUCAUCGUCUAAGAAGAAAAGUAGAUGGGAGUAG